GCCCAGCUAGUGGUGAAACUAGAGAUAGAGAGGGAGAGAGAAAGGGAGAGACUGACUUUGCAGCCACCGCGUGCAAAGGAGGAGGAGCCUAGUUUAAGCCAGUCUUGAGACUGUUGAACGAAUGAAUUAUUGUGUUAUAUAUUUUCUUCCAAUCUGUCUUCUAUUUCUUAGCUUUGCCCUGUGUUUACCUGAUUCUUGUCAAGAGUCUACUGAGGAUCCAAUUUGUUCCAAAGCGUCGAUGCAUGUUAGUCGAACCCUUCAUCAGGCUACAAUGAGAGCAGUUAGAGUUCAUGCAUUCGGAGGGCCAGACAAAUUGAAGCUUGAUUCAGAUGUUCCAAUACCAGAGCCAAAUGAAAAACAGGUGUUGGUGAGGGUACAUGCCGCAGGAGUGAACCCUGUUGAGACGUACUUGAGGCAGGGUACCUACCAUAUCAAACCACCAUUACCAUGGAUACCAGGUAACGACUGUGCAGGUGUUGUGGAGAAAGUUGGUCCAGGGGUAUCUAAGUACAAGACAGGAGACCGAGUAUUCACAUACAAAUCUGUUACUGGAUCAUAUGCAGAAUACACAGUGACUAAUGAGAAAGAUGUCUUCACCCUACCAGCACCACUUUCGUUCCAGCAAGGUGCAGCAAUGGGAAUUCCAUACUUUACUGCGUAUCAUGCUCUUAUAUUGAGGGCAAAGGCAAAGGCUGGCCACAAGGUUUUAGUCCAUGGUGCAAGUGGGUCAGUAGGUAUUGCCAGUGUCCAGCUAGCAAAGGCCUAUGGAAUGACAGUGUAUGGUACAGCUGGUAGCCCAGAGGGUCUUGAGCUUGUGCGUAAUGCUGGUGCCAAGAUGUCAUUCAACCACAGGCAACCAGGCUACACAGACAAAAUCAUGGAGGCUACAGAUGGAAGUGGUGUUGAUGUCAUUAUAGAGAUGCUAGCGAAUGUGAACCUGCAGAAAGACCUAGAGCUACUAGCACGUGGAGGGACUGUUGCUGUGGUUGGUAAUAGAGGAAACAUUGAGAUCAAUCCACGCCUGAUGAUGUUGAAAGAGAGUAGCAUUGUGGGAGUGCUGAUACCACCUGACGCUGAGGCAAUCAAACUGCAAAUAAAUGCAGCUUUACAGCCAGGGAUGGAGCAAGGCUGGAUCCAGCCAGUUAUUGGUAAAGAGUACUCAAUGGCAGAGGCAGGCCAAGCUCAUGAAGAUGUUGUAAGCACUAAACCAACACUAGGACGCUUAGUAAUUGUGCCUUGAAGGUGAAACAUUUUAUGGUUUAAACAGAUUCUCCUUCAAAUUCGUUAAUUGUUAUCAGCUUCUCAACAAUCAUCAAACAUAAUUUUCUUGCAUGAUGAUGGCAAAUUUUGUUGAAGAAUUUACUGAAAUUAUCAGAUUGUCAGAGAUAGGACUAGGGCGUAGUGGCUGAAGGUUUUCUGCAGGCCUAGAAUUAUACUCAUUAGUUGGAUUGAUCAACUACAUUUCUUGGCAUGAUUAAUAAUAUUGAGAUUGCAACCAAUCAUGGCUAAAAACCAUAUACACAUAAACAAUAGCACACAUUGAUUUUAUGGAAACCAAAAUUUAGGGAGCAUUAUGUACUUUAAUUAUGCUGAACAGUUUAUGGCGACUGUGAGAAAUUAUUGGGGUUUUUUUUCAGUAAAAGAAAUAGAUAAUGUAUGUCAAUCUCUUCCGCUGAUUGUGUCUAUCUUGUUACAUACAGUUGGACCUAUGUGCCAUCAUCAUUUUGAUAUCGAUGUGGGAGAAAUGAUUGGGUUUUUGUUUUAAUAAAAGAAAUAUAUUCUGUA